GGCAGCCGCGGCUCCCCGGGGCUGUGCCGCUCCUGACUCGGCCCCGCGCCAUGGGGAGCAGCCGCGGCGGGCGGCUCGCCUGAGGCGGCGGCGGCGGCGACAGCGGAGGGCGCGGCAGUGCCGAGGGAGCCCCGCCGCGGGGGCCGCGACCCGCGCCGCCGGGGAUGCUGCGCUGGGUCCGGCAGCAGCUGGGUUUUGACCCACCGCAUCAAAGCGAUACAAGAACUAUUUAUAUAGCGAAUCGUUUUCCCCAGCAUGGCCAUUAUGUUCCUCAGAAGUUUGCAGACAACAGAAUCAUAUCAUCCAAGUAUACAGUGUGGAAUUUUGUUCCAAAAAACUUAUUUGAGCAGUUCAGAAGAGUAGCCAACUUUUAUUUUCUCAUUAUAUUUUUGGUUCAGCUCAUGAUAGAUACCCCUACCAGUCCUAUUACCAGUGGAUUGCCAUUAUUCUUUGUCAUAACUGUGACAGCCAUAAAACAGGGUUAUGAAGAUUGGCUACGACAUAAAGCAGACAAUGAAGUCAACGGUGCUCCAGUUUAUGUUGUUCGAAGUGGUGGCCUUGUGAAAACCAGAUCUAAAAACAUUCGGGUGGGGGACAUCGUCAGAGUAGCCAAAGAUGAGACUUUUCCUGUUGACCUGGUGCUUCUGUCGUCUGACCGAGUGGACGGGUCAUGCCAUGUCACCACUGCGAGUUUGGAUGGAGAGACCAACCUUAAGACACACAUUGCAGUCCCAGAAACAGCAGUGUUGCAGUCUGUUGCCAACCUGGACAAACUGGUAGCUGUUAUAGAAUGUCAGCAGCCAGAAGCAGAUCUGUACAGAUUUGUUGGAAGAAUAACUGUAAGUCAACAAGCUGAAGAAAUAGUCCGACCUCUUGGGCCUGAAAGUCUCUUACUUCGUGGAGCAAGAUUAAAAAACACUAAAGAAAUAUUUGGUGUUGCAGUGUAUACAGGUAUGGAGACAAAGAUGGCAUUAAAUUACAAGAGUAAAUCUCAGAAACGGUCAGCAGUAGAAAAGUCCAUGAAUUCCUUCUUGAUUAUUUAUCUAAUAAUCCUCCUCUUUGAAGCCAUUCUGAGCACUAUUUUAAAGUAUGCAUGGCAGGCUGAAGAGAAAUGGGAUGAGCCCUGGUACAAUGAGAAAACAGAGCAUGAAAGAAACAGCAGUAAGAUCCUGAGAUUUAUUUCGGAUUUUCUUGCCUUUCUGGUACUUUACAAUUUUAUUAUACCUAUUUCACUCUAUGUGACUGUCGAGAUGCAGAAAUUUCUUGGAUCUUUUUUUAUUGGCUGGGAUCUUGACCUCUAUCACGAAGAAACAAACCAGAGAGCACAAGUAAAUACUUCAGACCUCAAUGAGGAAUUGGGACAGGUAGAGUAUGUGUUUACAGACAAAACUGGUACAUUAACUGAAAAUGAGAUGCAGUUUCGGGAGUGCUCCAUUAAUGGGAUAAAGUACCAAGAGGUCAAUGGUAAACUAACUCCAGAGGGAUUUUCUGAAGAUUCUCCAGAUGGAAAUAGACAUGGUUUGGUGAAAGAGGAGGAACUGUUCUUGAAGGCAGUUUGUCUCUGCCAUACAGUGCAGAUCAAUGCAGAUCAGACAGAUGGUGCUGAUGGUCCCUGGCAUGCCAACGGAAUAACAUCCCCGUUGGAGUAUUAUGCCUCUUCCCCAGAUGAGAAAGCUUUGGUUGAAGCUGCAAGCCGGGUUGGAGUAGUAUUUACUGGAAUUAGUGGAGAUACUAUGGAAGUAAAAAGCCUUGGAAAACCAGAGAGGUACAAGUUGCUUCACGUGUUGGAGUUUGAUCCAAAUCGCAGACGAAUGAGUGUCAUUGUAGAGAGUCCCUCAGGGGAAAAGCUUUUAUUCACAAAAGGAGCAGAAUCUUCCAUUCUUCCUCGUAGUAAGAGUGGAGAAAUAGACAAAACAAGGAUACAUGUGGAUGAAUUUGCUUUGAAAGGACUAAGAACUUUGUGCGUAGCCUACAGAAGAUUCACACCUGAGGAGUAUCAAGAAAUUGGCAAACGCCUUCAUGAGGCCAGGACUGCCUUACAGCAACGGGAAGAAAGAUUAGCAGAUGUGUUCAACUUCAUAGAAAGGGAUCUGGAAUUACUUGGGGCUACAGGAGUAGAAGACAAACUGCAGGAGAAAGUCCAAGAAACUAUAGAGGCCCUCAGGUUGGCUGGUAUCAAAGUGUGGGUGCUCACUGGGGACAAGCACGAGACAGCUGUGAGUGUCAGCUUGUCCUGUGGACACUUCCACAGAACCAUGAACAUCCUUGAGCUGGUGCAGCACAAGUCAGACAGUACCUGUGCAGAACAACUGAGGCAGCUUGCCAAGAGAAUAAAGGAAGACCAUGUUAUCCAGCAUGGACUGGUUGUGGAUGGGACCAGCCUCUCUCUUGCACUCAGGGAACAUGAGAAACUGUUCAUGGAAGUUUGCAAAAACUGUUCUGCAGUGUUGUGCUGUCGCAUGGCACCCCUUCAGAAAGCAAAGGUAGUGCGACUGUUAAAAACGUCUCCAGAAAAACCCAUAACAUUAGCAAUCGGGGAUGGUGCUAAUGAUGUGAGCAUGAUACAAGAAGCACAUGUUGGCAUAGGAAUCAUGGGCAAGGAAGGAAGGCAAGCUGUGAGAAACAGUGACUAUGCAAUAGCUCGGUUUAAAUUCCUCUCCAAGUUGCUUUUUGUUCAUGGGCACUUUUACUAUAUUAGAAUAGCAACCCUUGUACAGUACUUUUUUUAUAAGAAUGUGUGCUUUAUUACACCACAAUUUUUAUAUCAGUUCUUCUGUUUGUUUUCACAACAAACGCUCUAUGACAGUGUAUACCUGACUUUGUACAAUAUUUGUUUCACUUCCCUGCCUGUCCUCAUAUACAGUCUGUUUGAGCAGCAUGUGCAUCCGCAUGUAUUGCAGAGUAAACCCGUGCUCUACAGAGACAUCAGUAAAAAUGCCCAUCUGGGGUUUAAACCAUUUCUUUACUGGACCGUCUUGGGCUUCUUUCAUGCAUUUGUUUUCUUUUAUGGCUCGUAUCUUCUAAUGGGAGAAGACACUUCUCUGCUGGGAAAUGGCCAGAUAUUGAAACCUAACAGGCAAAUGAUGUUUGGAAACUGGACAUUUGGUACUUUGGUCUUCACCGUUAUGGUUAUAACUGUCACGAUGAAGAUGGCACUAGAAACUCACUUCUGGACAUGGAUAAACCAUUUUGUUACUUGGGGAUCCAUUGUAUUUUAUUUCAUAUUCUCCUUGUUUUAUGGGGGAAUUAUCUGGCCAUUUUUACAUACCCAGGACAUGUACUUUGUAUUUGUUCAGCUGUUGUCAAGUGGUUCUGCUUGGUUUGCCAUAAUCCUCAUCGUAGUUGCUUGUUUGUUUAUUGAUGUUGUGAAGAAAGUGCUGUACAGACAUCUGCAACCAACAAGUACUGAAAAAGCUCAGCUUACUGAGGCAGGUUCAGGUAUCAACUGCGUGGACUCCAUGUGCUGCUUCUCAGAUGGGGAAACAGCAUGCACACCUGUUAGAAGAAUGUUGGAACGACUAAUGGGAAGAUGUAGCCCAGCCCGGGUCAACAGGUGUGGCAUUUCUCUCAAUAGCCUUUGCUGCAGACGAUUCUCCUAUAAACUGGAACCCGAUGAGCCUGCAGCAAUAGAUGUCUAGAAAUCAGCUGCAGGUUUUGCUUACCUAAGUAGGAGAUGCAACUCUUUAUUGUACUUCUUUUCAUCCUAAAAAAAAAAAAAUUAGUUUCUUGUUUCUUUUUGAGCGGUUUCCUUUGGGAUGGGGAGGAGGGAAAACGGUUUUCAAAAGAUUUCUGUUAAAGUGUUUAGUUUGGCUUUACUACAAGUUCUUGUGUUGUAUCUAUCGUAAUUUCUCUUGAUUUGUACAUUCUUCUCUUUAGAAAAUCAAGCCUUGCUGCUGUUUUUGUUCUCCUUUUUAUGAUUUUUUUUUUCUUUGCCUUCACAAAUCAGGAGUUGUUUGUAAAGUCGAAAGCCUUUUCCCUUUGGUUCUGGAUGUACAACCUCCAAAUAUUUACCUUGGAGCUUGAAUUACUCCUGAAGAUAUACAAAAGGCUCACACUCCCCCCCUUAAAUAUAACUUCAUUGUUAGAAGGAGAGUCUUUAAAUCUUUCAGCCAUUGAUUGAUAUGAAGAUGAAAUAUUUUUGUAGUUUAACUUUUAUAAGCUAUUUCUAAAAUCAGAGUAAUUGACAGAACAGAGUCUUCAGGUUCUAAGAAUUUUAAGUGGUUUUUUUCGGUUCUAGAAGGUAUAUUGUCAAAAUCAUGUGUGCCAUUCCAAAGUAUGUGCUAAAUAAAUCUUUCCUUCACAAACCACGUGUGAAACAAACAUCAGUGGGAUAAAAGCACGUUGGAGUAAUGAAAUAUGUUCUGAAGAGCAAUACUGCUCUUCUGGUCAGAAUAACUGUGAGAGGAGCUCUCACUGAAUCCCCAAAUGUGCCACCUCCCCACGUCCAAACGGAGGGAUAGUGAACAAACAUGGAAAUAUUUGGGGGUAGAAGUAAAAACAGUCUUUUGUACAUCGUAAUCUCUCAGUCCCUGAAUGAUAUCAUGGUCCUUCACUGGUCAAAAGGCAAACCUGAAAACGUUGAGCUUCACACAUUUUCAAGGGAACUCAUUUUGCGUUUGGACAACUUUGUCUCUUUCUGUUAAAGGUUGUGAUAUCAUUCACUGGGCAUCAAGCCUUGUGUGGGUAAUUUCCACUGACAGCUUUGUGAGCUCUGAUUCUGCCUUUAGGUAUUGCCUGGUCUGUAGCUCAUCUCUGUUGGAACUCUUGUGUUGAACACUCUGUGUCUGUGGUUUCAGUCAGUCUCUUUCUUCUGGCUUGCUUAUGAAAUUUAUUCAAUGUUUCUACAAACCUAGGGUAUGAAUAUGCAAAAUGUUUCAUUCCACAUGAAAAAUGAACUGUUAUGACUGAGUACAUUUUUAAUCCAAACUUGCUGUAUAGAAAGCGGGCAUGAUGUGUAAAAUAAACAGUUUAAUAGAAUUUUUAAUCUGCAAGGUGAGCAUUUAAUUGGUCAAAAAAUCAACAUUUUGGUAGCAGUUGCUCUAAGUUUUUUGGUGUUUUUUUCUACUUCUCUGUAAAACUGUGCUUUCCAAAUGAGGAAUUGCUCAUGCUACUUCUUUUUCAUUUCUUGUUACCUAAUUAAGAUUUUUAGUUAACAAUUGCCUUAGUAACCUGUAGUCUUAUAAGGUAGGUAUUCUGUGUUUUAUUUAAUGCAUUUACAGUUUUACAGUUUUCUCUUUUGUUCCACUUAAAUUUUCUUUCCUUAAAAACUUAAAAAUAUUUAUUGAAGACAACUCAUAUUUGACAGAAUAUUAAACACUCUUUGGAGACUGCUUUUUCUCAGGUUUCUUGUCUGCUUACCUCAUGUAAUUUUCCAAUGAAGUUCCAUCAAGCCAAAUAAUUGUAGAGUUCUUAGAACACAGACAGUAGCAUUAUGUUUAGUGAAUAUGCAAAACUAUCUUGGUGCUACACUAAGGGCUUGAAGUUCUGUGGGUUUUGCUGCUGCCUCUGGUUGAAAUUGCUCUGAACAAUCUUUCUAGUUUCACUUAAAUUUAGGUACAGUACAACUAGGAAAGAGAUUUUUUUUUUUAAGUCUGUCAAACUUGCUUUCUUCAACGACUUCAGCUCCUUCCACUCAGCCCUGACACUUAAAACCAAGGCUAAAAGUCAGUUUUUUCCCUUACACUUUUGUGGUAAUAUAAGAAAGUCUUUGUUCAUUUUUUAACGUACUAAUUGCUUAAAUCACUUGAAGCAGUUACAAGUUGUGAAGUGCUGAAGGUACAGUUAAGAAAUCUAUUGGGUGAUUUUUUGAAGUGCUUGUAAAAUCGUUUAGGCUUUGUUCACGAGCUUGAGCUGCUUUGUUUUGUAUCUAAAUCUUCAGAAAAUUGUGCAGGAUGGUCUCCUGAGCACUUGUGCUGUAUAAAGCAGCAAAUUAUUCAACCAGGAGGUCGCUGCAAAUUGUUUCUGUUGAAUGAAGUGAUGCUGAUAAAUACUUUGUGCGAGUGCUGUAGAAUGAAGAGCACUACUUUAAAUAAUGUUGCUGUAGCAGCUUGUAUUGUGUUCUGUGCUCCUGAUAUUCUGUCAAAUAUGAUAACUGAACAUGAAAUCCAACAUGAUAUCAAAUUUUGAUAGAAGCUUUGAUGAAUCAAAGUUGUACAAAUGCUUGGAGUAGUGGGCCACAGGAGUAUAGUUCUCUUGUGUUUAAUUUACUGCUUGUAAAAAUGUAUUUGAGAAAUAUUUUCUAUAGCUCCAUUCACCAGUUAGAAUAUAAAAUGUGUGGUGUGGUAUGUUAAAAAUGCAUUUUUGUCUGUCUGUUCCAUUAAACUGUCUGUCAGCUUGUCAGUCACUCAGAUAUUAAGAAUGCUGGAUCACAUUUCUUGUACAGUAGGAUUCAUUGCUGAAUUGCUGGAUCUCCCAUUAGUGGUGCUUGUGCCAAGGCACUGCAUGUAACAGUUGUAAAGAAACAACAGAUUUCUGACAGAGGCUAAUUUGGAGGAUAAGUUCAUUAUGUUUUGAUUUCCUGCUUUUCAGCAUUUCACAUACAAUUUGCAUAACAUUGUUCAGGCAAGAACAGUAUUUCUUCCCAAGCAGUAAUUUGUCCUCAGGUGAAAGACAUUGUGAGACCCCAUCUCAGUCAGAAGCUGUGACGUCUUAGGUAGUUUUCCUGAUGUCUUAAAACUUUACAGUAAAAGGGAUGAAGUAGAUUGAUGGCUGUGGAUCAGUUUUGCCUGCCCACAACCCCAGGCAGUGUGGAUGUUUCCCGCUGGGCUGUGCUGGGUUUCCAGGGCUCGCUGUGCACCACAGGGCUCUGCUGGAAUGGCCUCAGUGUACCCAGGCAGCAUUCAGAGUCUCCCUGAGGCACAACUUCAGUGGCAAAAGGGGCAUGUAAACCUCAGGCUGUUUUAGUUCAUAGUGAUGAAAAUAUCCGUAGCUGUGAGUAAAUUGUUCAUUACACAGCAGACAUGAGCUGGCAUCUGUUCUCAGAGGUCUGAAUGAACUGGAGGUGCCCACAUGAAAUUAGUAGAUUAGUCUUUUAAAGAGGUACAUUUGCCUAACCUCGUAGCACUUCUAUCCUUUGCUUUCCUAGACUUUUCUCCUCACCUCUACAGAGUGUAAGUAAGUUCCCAGUCAGCCAAACUUUUCUUUUAUUGUUACUUUAGAUCAUGGAGUUCCUCGGAUCCCUUCUAUGCCAACGACAGAAGCAUCUUGACUCUCUCCACAAUGGACUCAGCCACUUGUUGACAGGGACAUUUGUAAAUGCCUUGUGGAUGCCAUGUGGUGCUCACACACCUGUAGGUUCUGAGGCGAGUCCAGUGUGCGUCGCUGCCCUAGGAAAGAGUAGGAGAGACUCCUGAGCACAGACCUUGUCUGUGGCCUGGCAUGUCAUCUGCACAGCAAUUGCUUCCAGUAUUUUUUUGUAAUUAAAUCUACAAAUUGCUAAAUAAUUUUUUUGGGAGGUAAGGAAUGCUUUUACCUCUGACCAUCUGAUCUUUUUUCGUUACCAUAUGAGCAGAUUGGAAUCCUGAAUUUAAUACUUGAGACGUCACUGUAGCGCAAUGACAAAAUCUUUCUCCUCCCAAAUUUGAGUGAUCCGAUUUGAAUCAACUUGAAUUUGCACAAUGGAAGUUUUAAAAGUUGUGGUUUUUUAAGAUGACCUUUCCCUUUAAACACACACAUUAAUGUUGGGCUGUGUCUCAGAUGCUGUCUUAGCAGUUUGCAGAUCGAUUUUUUCAUUUCUGUGGACGGUUACCAUAUUCUGUUGGCAAUCAGUUUAGUAAUUUUUGAGAGUUAAAUGCAAUUCAAAUAUUUAUGCUGGUGUAUGAGUGGCAAUACAGUAGUCAUUGCUUUGAAAAACGCUGUUAACUGUGACAAAUUAAUAAUUUGGAAUACUAAGGCAUAUAACAGUUCACUGUUUUCUUAAAGUAUAAUUCAGAAGCCAGUCAUCUUUUAUUAUGCCAUGUGUGGGGUUUUUAACAGUUCUGGAUCCUGACAUGGAAAAAUGUUUAAAGAAUUGGUGGGUUGUGCAGAAGUCUCACUAGCAUAAAUUUUUUGAAUUAUUAAUCUUUUAAAGUUGGGGAAUUUUUUGCAUGUUUUGUUCUUUUUCAUGUAUUUAUAUUUGGUCAUGUUGUACUUUGGAGAUAUAAUUAAUGCUUAAUUAUCUUCGUAUAUGGGAAGGAUCCGAGACCUCGAUGGCAAUGUUUUGAUACCCGAGUAUGCCAAUAAAAGCAAAUUGCACAGUUGGAGGUUUGAAUGGUGCAUCUUGCAGGUACUUCUGUUGCCCCAGUAUAAAAGUGUCUGCAGGCUCGGGGCUGGGCAGCAGCAACAUUUACGUGUUCCUUCAGCCAGGAGGGUUGUCUUUGGAAGUGGGAGGUGAAAUGGAGGUGCUGCCACAGGGAUGCUGCAGAGCACUGCCUGGGGCACAGUGGGGUUUGUGGCUGGAGGCAGGUGAAAGUGCUGCUGCUUUGGGACAUCCCAUUUGGAGUCAGUAUCUGACAACGAGUCCCAUCAGUAACUUCAGUACUCUCCCUGUCAGGCAGUUAAAGAUGUAAAGUUGUGUAUUUAAAAUUAACUCGGGGUAGAAUAAACUGUAAAUCAAACACUGACUGUAAAUAACACCAGAACUUGUUCAGUAAAGGUGUGGGGAAGUGUAGGGUUGGGACAAAGCCGCUUUUCCCCUGCCUGGAUGAGUUACUACCACUGCCCUCAGUGCUGCCCCUGAGCACAUUUCACAGCAAAUCCUUUGUAUUCCAACAUUCAGGCAGGAACAUCCCACCCUCCUGGUGAUGUCUCAGUGGGGCCUGGGCUGCUGCCAGAGGAGUGUAUCCCUCCUUCUAAAAUCCCUCAUCCCAAAUUCUCCCAAGUUCAGUGAGGAGAGGGAGUGUUGAAGAGGUCCCACUUUUCCUUGGAUCAGAUCCUUUGCAUGUGCCUUACCUAAAACCAGCUCUGCUGUUAAUUACUCCUGUUUGUGACUUUAACUGGUAUAAUUUCAGCUCUCAUCUUGGAGCUUUAUUUUUGCAUUAGUGAUUGGCAGCUUCACUCCAAGCUGAAGGCUGUGGGUACCGUGGGGUUUUCAACAUCUCACUGCUCAAGGCAACGUUUGUGUACUGAAGAAAUUGUCAUUGCAACCUUGUUGUUAAACUUGCAGUGCCCUGAACAUGCAGCACAUGAGGGUUUCAUCCCAAUGUUAUAGAUAAAGACCAGUUCACAAUUUAGGAAGCUCUGAAAAUAAAUUACAAAACAGAAGAAACAAAAUACAACAAAUUUUCCUUUUAAGCAAAUGUUAAUUCAGCACUCAUGGCUCAUUUCUGUAUCGUGUCUUCAAAUGCUUGAGUGCAGUGAAGCUUGGGCUUGACAAGGUCAGGUGUACAGUAGAUCCCCCCAGUGAGUGUCCAGGUGAUGAGGAAACACUAAAACUGAGCCUUGCCUUCUCCGUGCAGCAGGCAUGAACAUGUGACUCAUCCCCCUGCAGUCAGCUUGAAACCUGGAUCCAGGGCAGAGAUGCAAUAACCUGAUUGUUGUGUCUCCAGUCCCCCAAAAAACCUUAUCCAGAUACGCACUAGUAGCAAAAUACACUUGGAUUUCACCUACUCCUGUAAUUUUAUAUUUCAUAUCUAUAAUAUUAAACCUGGGUUUAAAAUCAUUUCCUUCGUAGCAGUUUCUCAUUCUCAGAGACUUCCCACUGCCACGGUUACCAAGGAAAUGCAGAGUUACGUGCUCUCAUCAGAUAUCUGCUGUUUAGCUCUAUCUCUUACACCUAAAUCACAGUGUUCCACCUCUCAGCAGUACCUGUUUGUCCGUGUCAGCCACAGCAUUGUCCCAUCAGUGUGUGUGACUGUGUGACCUCAUCCAUCCGUGUGGCUCGUGUGUCCUGGACCAAAACACAGACCGGGGUUAACUUUGUGCAGUAGGAAGCAGAGGCCUUGUACAGCCCCACUCCAAGCAUUUCCACUGGCUCAGCUCUGGGGGUGAUGUAUUUUGGCUUUUACCACACAAAUGUGUUGAUUAUAUUUGCACAAAAGCAGCACGGUCCUAUAUUUGAAGAAUAAUCUACAUUCAUUAUGUGUUUCUUUAAAACCUUCCAUCUCCUCCCCUCCCUUCCCCCCCUCCUUUCCCUCUUCCCAGUGUUUGUAAGGUUACCGAAGAAACAUGCAUUUAAACAAUUAAGGAGGAACUUAAGAAUCCAUCUGUCUGCCAAGGUAUAUUUUUCUAUUUGCAGUAAAUCUAAGUCACUAAUGUCUCAUUCAGAGCGUAGACACAGUUUGCAUUAGAGCAGAUCUUUUGGUGUGACAAAUACUUUGGAUGGAAGAAGUGACUGGGGUUUUGUGUUGAUGUCACAAAGCUUUUAAAAACGCUUCUAUUCAAGGAAGAAGGACUUUGUGUAUUUCUUUGACAGCUGAAGUGUAGGAAACCAUUCACUGUGCAUUGGGCACGGUGCAGAAUCCUUCGUGAAGAAGCCAGAACAAAAUCCAGCUAAUUCAGUGUAACGCUGGCAAUCGUCCCCGAGUCAGAGCGGGAAUGGGUGGGGGACAAUUUGCCACGGGGAGGAAAUGUCUUAUUAUUCUCCCUUAGCCUUGAAAUCCAUACAAGCCUGCAGUAGGUGUUUGUAGUUCAAAGCAGGAGUGGUGUACACUCUGCUUUACUAUGCAGUGUCUCUGAAGAAGCACCUUCUCCACAGCCCCUCCCAAAUGGGGUUGCAUUCCCAGCAGGUCAGUUCUCGUUCUGGGAAAAACAGGGUUUGGUUUUGUUACUUAGGAAAACAUAAUCUUAGUUGCCAAGCUUAAGCUUUUAAAAGGAUGCAGUGGAAAAGACUUCAGUGGGAAGGUGUUUCGAAUUGUUUCACAAACUAAAAUGUAAAUAUUCUGCUUAAAAGUAUUCUGUAUAUUUUUUAAGGUUACAGGUGGGGAGGGGGAACAAAAACUGCAAAGGAAGGAAUCCUGAAAUCUUGGGCUUUAUAUUUUCAGAGUGAUUUAUUGUUUUCAAGUGCAAAAGGUGAUUUGAGAAAAGUUCAUGCAAUUCAGAAUGCAUAUUAGGCACCUACAAUUUCUUACUGAAAACCUUUGGUAGUACUUUCAAACGUUUUUUUAUGACAGUGUAACCUCUAUAUAAUUGGAAUAAAAUAUCAUUUUCUAGUGAUAGAGGUGUCUCAAAGCUGUAGUCUAAAUUAUUUUUCAUAGUUUGAUACUUCUGUCCUUCUAAGGAGUUGUGAUUUUGGCGAAAUUCAGUGUUAAAGUGCUCAAGCAUAAUGUGCUUCUGAACCAUUUAUUUUUGAGCUAUUUUGGGAUUCUCAUUUUUUGGGUGUAGAAUCCCUAAUACCUUGCCAUCAUCGCUGGACUCGCCACUGCCUUGUUUGUUACACAGAUGUCCCUGCUUACAGUUGUUCCUAGAACUGGGCAAACCACUCACUAGGGACUAAUUUUAGCCUUUAUUCUGCUCCUAAAUUAGUUCCCAGCUAGACUCUUCUUUGCAGAUCUGGGUUGGGUUUGUUUCUUUGUUGUUUUCUUUUUUUUCCUGCAAACAUUUUUACUGUUGGUUGUUCUGUACGUUCUUUGCUUCUGUUGUUUGCUUCCAGCGGCAUGAUUUGUCUGCGUUCUGCUCUCUGGGAAUGCCUCAGUUUGUAACAGGAGGAGGAGAGAACGCGAUGCUCGUGGCUCUAUCAGCUCUUGCCAUCAGUCGUCUUAGAAGCGCAUUUGCAUCGGUAUUUGCGAGGCUUCUGCUUGCCGUAGAUUUUUUUUUUUUCCUUCAGCUCAGUCCUGCUCCCGGAGGCACCAGGACUGUCCCGGCGGAGAGCGCGGGUGGUGCUGGUUGAGGGGAUGUUCCCAUCGCUGCGGGGCUCCGGCCGUGCUGCCCUCGGUCCGUCCCGUCAUCCCUGCAGAGGGGCCGCGGUGCUUUCCAGCCUGUAAAUGCACCCAUGUGAGCGGAGGGGCCUGGGCUGAAGCUGUGCCCGGAACGUGAUGAAUGAACGUGCUGCUGUUUGUGGCACAGAGCGUGACUUGUCUGAAAGAAACCCUGGCCUGGCCUGGAGGUGGGGGGUGGAUUAAUUUUUCCUCAGCAGGUUUAAAGGAAAUUACUUCAUCCAUCAGCAGGUUCCCAACCUUUUUUGCAUUUUGACAAUGGGCUAAAAGAUAAUCUCUGGGGGAAAUGGUUAAAAAUGAGGCUCACCUUGCUGUAGGGAUAUCUUAUUUUUAUCUCAAAGAACAGAUUUUACAAUUCCUAGUUGCAGUCCCACGAGAGAUUUUGGGUCCUAUGCAUACAAAAACAACAGAUCAUCUCAUCUCCUGUUUUUUCACCGUAGUGUGAUCAAGUUCUGCUUUUCUGAAGAAAAAAAAAAAAACUGGAAUGAUAAAAUCUCUGCAAGAAGUACUAUUUGAAAGAUGUUGAUCCUUAAUUUUAGGCAAAUAAGGGGCAUUGCCAACUGGAAACUAGCAAUAAUUAGUACAAAGAAUUUUGGACCUCUGACACUGUGGCUGCCUCAUGUUGGUUUUGCUCCUCUGACAGCGAGGCUGUGUGCUUGCUCCUUGUACAGCUUGGUCAGUAGAAGUUGUUUUGAAAAUGGUUUAUGAAAAUUAUAUUUAUUAAAUAAAACUUUCACUUCUA